GGGAAGUGCUGCUGAACAGCGCCGUCGUGGACGAGAGCAGCGGGGGCAAGCUCACGUACUUCCGCCUGCUGCGGCUGCUCAGGCUGCUUCGCAUCCUGCGCGCCUUCAACAUCCUCCAGCGGGCUCCGAAAGCAGACCUGAGCGCAGAGAUAUUCUACCUCAUCUUCAUUAUUAUUUGUAUUAUAUUCGGCGCUUCUGGAUUGUAUCAGUGGCUGGAGAAUCCAGAGGAGUGUUAUGACACGAGCUUUGUUUUCACUGUGCUGGUAGACGAGUACAACGACCUUGGUUGCGUACAUUUCCACAGGGCCGUCUACUGGUGCACGAUCUCCACCCUGGGGCGGCCGCGCAUAGUGACGGAGAAGGAGCCGGUGUUUCUGAUGCUUAUCGUCCUCGUCUGCCUCGCGUGCUUCCUCAUCCCGACCCAGCUCGCGAAGGUCUGGAGCACCCUGCAGCAGACCAGCAAGGCGCAGCGCACAGAGUACGAGCCGAGCUCGCGCUGGGUGCGCCACCUGGUCGUGGUGGGCCACCUGGAGUUCGCCUCGAUCAACAUGCUGCUCUACGAGUUCUCCCACCCAGACCGCGGCGAGCAGCCCGUGCAGGACCUCCGGGGGGGGGCCCGGCCUCCGCUCGGCGGCGCGCGGGAGGGGGGGG